AGAGAGGUGUCGCGGCUGGUCAGUCUCAUCUGCUUCCAUUUCUGCUUCAGAAACCUAGAUCUGCACUGCACUGCACGCUUCAUUUCCCGAUUCAUUCAUCGAUGUAUAUGGAAUUCGUGUGGACAAAUCCAGACCGGCAGAACUAAUUUUUGUAAUGGCGGCCUAUAUUAAGUGGGUUAACAGAUCGGCGUCCACGGCUUUCUCGCCGGAUGGCGCCUACAUCGCCGCGGGGACGAUGGCAGGGGCCGUGGAUCUGCACUUCAGUUCCUCCGCCAAUCUUGAAUUGUUCGAGCUUGAUUUCGUAUCCGAUGAGCGCCAGCUGACCCCGGCGGGGACUGUGCCGAGUUCCGAGCGGUUCAAUCGGCUUUCGUGGGAGAAGGGACCCGCUAAUUCGGAGGAGUAUUCACUGGGGCUCAUUGCCGGUGGCCUCGUUGAUGGCAAUAUUGGGAUUUGGAAUCCCAAGUCCCUGAUCUGCAAGAAGGGUUCUGAUACAAGUGAGAAUGCUUUUGUUGUGAAUCUUUCUAGACACAAGGGACCUGUUCAUGGCCUGGAGUUCAAUUCUCUUUCCCCAAAUCUACUUGCUUCUGGUGCUGAUGAAGGUGAGCUGUGUAUAUGGGAUUUGUCAAAUCCAUCAGAGCCAAGUCACUUUCCGCCACUCAAGGGUAGUGGAUCUGCCACACAAGGUGAAAUUUCAUAUUUAUCUUGGAAUUACAAAGUUCAGCACAUACUUGCCUCCACUUCAACUAAUGGGACGACUGUGGUGUGGGAUCUGAAGAAGCAAAAGCCAGUUAUAAGUUUCUCAGACUCAGUCAGAAGAAGGUGCUCUAUUCUGCAAUGGAAUCCAGAUAUGGCAACUCAGCUUAUUGUUGCUUCAGAUGAAGAUAGUUCACCUACUCUCAGGUUGUGGGAUAUGCGAAAUAUCUUGUCUCCAGUGAAAGAGUUUGUUGGGCAUACUAAAGGUGUGAUUGCUAUGUCGUGGUGUCCUAUAGACAGCUCUUACUUGCUUACUUGUGCCAAAGAUAACCGUUCCAUUUGCUGGGACACAGUAACUGGAGAGAUAGUAGCUGAAUUACCUGCUGGGACCAACUGGAAUUUUGACGUGCACUGGUAUUCUAAGAUUCCUGGAGUCAUAGCUGCAUCAUCAUUUGAUGGGAAAGUUGGCAUCUAUAAUAUAGAGGGUUCUGGUCGAGAGUGUCUUGAAGGGGUUAAUUUUGGGGCAGCACCUUUGAGGGCCCCCAAGUGGUACAAGCGAAAAUCUGGAGUCUCAUUUGGUUUUGGAGGCAAGCUUGUGUCAUUUCAGGCAAAUGAGUCUCCUGCUGGAUCUUCAGAGGUUUAUGCGCACGACUUAGUUGCUGAACAUGGCUUAUUUAGUCAAUCAUCUGAAUUUGUUAAAGCAAUAGAAAAUGGGGACAGAUCAGCCCUGAAACUACUGUGUGAAAGGAAAUCUCAAGAGUCUGAAUCUGAUGAGGAACGGGAAACAUGGGGCUUCAUGAAGGUUAUGUUUAAUGAGGAUGGGACUGCAAGGUCAACGCUGCUGUCUUAUCUUGGAUUCAGUCUGCCAGCUGAAGAUAACAGCACUUCUCAGAAUGAUGCUUCUGAGCAAGCAAACUCUGUUACUCCUGAUGCGAGCACUACUGUUACGCAGGGAGGAUCUGGGUACAAAGAAUCUGCUUUAUUUGCUGUUGACAACGGGGAGGACUUUUUCAACAAUCUCCCAAGUCCAAAGGCAGAUUCUCCACUGUCAAGUUCUAAGGAUGAAGUUGUUGGAGAUUCUGUGAACGAAUCACAACAAAUUGAUGGACUAGAGGAGAGUUGUGAUCCUUUAUUUGAUGAUGCUGUUCAACAUGCUUUGGUGGUUGGAGAUUACAAAGGAGCGGUAGCCCAGUGCAUUUCCGCGAAGAAGUUUGCAGAUGCUUUGGUCAUUGCACAUGUUGGUGGCUCUUCUUUGUGGCAACAGACACGUGAUCAGUUCCUCAAGAUGAGCCGUUCUCCAUACUUAAAGGUUGUUUCUGCCAUGGUAAACAAUGACCUAAUGAGCAUAGCAAACACCCGACCUCUAAAAUCAUGGAAAGAAACACUUGCUCUCUUUUGUACUUUUGCACAGACAGAUGAUUGGACUGUAUUAUGUGACACUCUUGCUACUAGAUUGAUGUCUGCUGGUGAUAAAACUGCUGCUACUCUGUGUUAUAUAUGUGCUGGAAAUAUUGAUAAAACAGUGGAAAUUUGGUCGAAGAACCUGUCAACAGAACAUGAAGGGAAGUCUUAUGUAGAUCGUCUCCAGGAUUUAAUGGAGAAGACUAUUGUCUUUGCAUUGGCUACUGGACAGAAGCAAGUUAGCCCCUCCUUAUGUAAAUUAGUUGAGAAAUAUGCUGAGAUAUUAGCUAGUCAAGGGCUUUUAACAACAGCCAUGGAGUACUUGAAUCUUCUUGGAGCAGAAGGGCUUUCUACUGAACUUAUAAUCUUACGAGACCGAAUUGCUGGUUUAACUAAGCAAGAGAGAGAAACUGAGAAGAUCGUGACCUAUGACAACAAUCAAUUGCAUGCUCCUGCAUAUGGAGAUCAAUUGAAUUAUGGUGGCAUUAACACCUCUCCACAUUAUUAUUCGGAUACUACAAGAUCCCAGAUGCAAGUUCCAAGCAGUCCAUACAAUCCAUAUGGCGAACACUAUCAGCAGCCAUCUGCUGCUUCUUUUGGAAAGGGCCAAACUAUUCCUCCCACAUACCAGCAGAUUCCACAGCCCAACACAUUACAGCCUUCCAUGUUUGUUCCUUCUGCAAGUCCAGCUCCAACGGGGAGCUUUCCACCACCUCCUGUCAACAACAUUCAGCCUGCUACUAAAUUUGUCCCUGCAAACCCUCCUUUAUUGAAAAAUGUUGAGCAGUAUCAGCAACCAACAACUUUGGGCUCGCAGCUAUAUCCAGCGACUACUAAUCCUGGCUAUCAAGCUGGACCACCGGGAGUCUCUGCAUAUGGUGCUAACACAUCCCAGGCUGGCCCACCAGUUCCUGGGCCAAAGAUGCCCCAGGUACUGGCUUCUGCUCCCCCAUCUAGAGGAUUCAUGCCAGUAACUGGUUCAGGGAUUCAAAUGGCUGGUAUGAAUUCAGUGCAACCUCCUAGUCCUAGUCAACCUGCAGCGGUGCAGCAACCAGUUGCACCUGCUGCUCCCCCGCCUACUGUGCAGACUGCUGAUACUUCAAAUGUUCCUGCUCAUCAGAAGCCUAUUAUUGCAACUUUGACGAGGCUCUUCAAUGAGACCUCUGAAACCUUGAGUGGGUUGCGGGAAAAUCCAGCUAAGAAACGAGAAAUAGAGGACAACUCAAAGAAGCUAGGUGCGUUAUUUGCUAAACUCAAUAGCGGAGACAUAUCCAAAAAUGCAGCGGAAAAACUCGCUCAGCUCUGUCAAGCUCUAGAUGCUGGCGAUUUUAGUACUGCCCUUCAAAUCCAGGUGCUCCUUACUACAAGUGAUUGGGAUGAAUGCAACUUCUGGUUAGCAACACUGAAAAGAAUGAUCAAGACUAGACAGAAUGUCAGAUGAAUAAUAGUCAAGUAGACUAUGUGCGCCACGGUUUGGUUGUACACAAUGAUUGGAUUGGUGUCGAAGAAUAGCAAGAUAGCAUAUUCAGGUUCUCAUUUCUCCUUAUCUUUCUUUGCAAUUUCAAUCUUUUUUUCGCCCGAAUUUUGAGUUGGGAUUGUUAAACUGAGUCGAUAAUAAAAAAGUUUGUGAGUACAAAGACAAUGGUCAUAGGUUUUUUAUAUUGUUUCUUGACAUAUGAUCUCACUUGUGUUGAAUUAUUACCUAGUUUAAUUAUACACAGUUGUAAUUUCUCCUCUCGACGCUCUUUAUUGUUGUAUAAUCAUUGGAUUGGACUA